AUGCCGGCCUGCCCGCGCGCCCCACCCCGCCGCCGCCGCCGCUUCCGCCGCUCGCCACGCCCUGGCCAAUCCACGCCCGCCGCCCUCCCGCCUCAGCCAACCCCGGCCCGCGUCCCCAACCGGAUCACGCCCCUUCCGCCAGCAGGCUCCCGGCAUGCAGCGGGGCUGCCGCGCACCGACACGGCCCACCAUGGCGGCGGCGCUCAGCGGACUGCGGGGGUAACGGCGGGCGGGCUGAGGGGGCGGCCCCUGGGCGGGGGGGGGGGGGGGGACCGGGAGCGUCCCGCCACCACCCUCACCGCACGGCCCCGCGGCCCCCGACACGCACCCCCCAACCCUCUCCCAGAGACGCCCCCAGUCGUGGCCACGCCCCGCUUGGCUCAGGCCCCGCCCUCGAGCCCCCUCUGCCGCCGGGACAGGGGCAGGGGCAGGGGUAGGGGUAAGGGCAGGGGGCUGCUGGCGGCAGCAGGGCCAGCAGUGGGUCCUGCCAGGCCCUGGGCCCGGCCAGCCCCCCCGGGCACACGGCUCCUCGGGCAGAGCUGCCGCCAGCCGGCAGGGCCACGGGCCGGCCCGGAGCCUGGCAGCGGGGGGCUCCCCGAGGGAGUGGAGUACAUCCCCACACGCAAGAAGGGCAAGAACCCGAUGAAGCCGGUGGGGGUGGCCUGGGCCAUUGGAUUGCCCUCCGGCAUCAUCCUCUUCCUCCUGGCCAAGCGGGAAGUUGAUAAAAACCGUCUGGAGCAGCUCAAAAUCCGCCGAAAGAUGAUGGAAGCCAACCAGGGCGAGUACGAGUCGGAGCGAUACAAGAGGGUGGCCAGGGGGGCAUAGCCAGGCUGCUCCCCACCCCCAGCCUGGCACCCCAGCACCUGGAAGGGACUGGCCGAGGGGACGCCAGCCCCGUGGGACAUGUGGCACUGAUGCCUGCCCUCCCUGUCCAGCCUGUGGGGUGGUCAUGGGGCUGGAUGGGGACAAAUAAACCUCACCCCUGGUGAGUGGAA